CACUUCGGCUUGGAAGAAGCAGCAGUUAAAGUAUUUGUUUAUAGGUUGCUGGUAAGCAGGCUUGUGGAAGCUUUUCAAUUUUUUUUUCCUUCAAAUAGCUUUCCAAAGUACUUUACUGAUACCAGGCUGCUGAAGGGAUGCUGUGAGCUUCAGGAGAUGUGUCCAGAGUGGGGAGCAGCUCCUGGCUGCUAAGGUAUUUGCAGCUCUGUGGAAAGGCAACAGCUGAUUUGCUGCCUGAGUGCUGAGGACGUGAAACACUGGAAGGGGCUUGCACACUGGAGAGUCACUGGAGCAACUGAGCACCAGACACUGAGGACUAAUCCCACAUAUGGUCAUCAAUGCCCACACUCCCUUCUGCAGCUCAAGCAAGGGUGGGAGCAUCUCCAGCAACUUGCCAUGCCAAACGACAGCCUGGCACUGAGCAGCCUGGAUGGGAUUUACAUCGGUACCGAGUGCUUGGUCGCUUUGUUUGCCACAUUGGGUAACAUCCUGGUCAUAUGGGUGGUGAAGCUGAACUCGACAUUUCAGAACACGACUCUGUACUUCAUCGUUUCCCUGGCACUGGCAGAUAUUGCGGUGGGGAUCCUCGUCAUGCCCCUGGCCAUUGUGGUGAGUCUGGGCAUCAGCAUCCACUUCUACACCUGCCUAUUUAUGUGCUGCCUGAUGGUGGUUUUCACUAACGCGUCCAUCCUCUCCCUCCUGGCCAUCGCGAUCGACAGGUACCUGCGAGUGAAGCUGCCAACUAGAUAUAAAAUAAUCACUACAGAGAGAAGAGUUUGGUGGGCACUGUGUUUGUGCUGGUCUGUGUCACUGCUGGUAGGAUUAGUCCCCAUGUUUGGAUGGAACAAGACAGAACCAAGAAACUCUGACCUUUUCAGGUGUCGAUUUACCUCAGUGAUGAGGAUGGAUUACAUGGUAUAUUUUGGCUUCUUCACAUGGACCCUUGUCCCUCUGCUCAUCAUGUGUGCUCUGUAUGUUGAGAUCUUUUACAUCAUCCGGACAAAGCUAAGUCAAGGUACAACCAACCUGAGAGGGGCAGGAGGUUUUUAUGGACAGGAGUUCAAGACAGCCAAAUCUCUAGCGCUUGUUCUCUUCCUGUUUGCAAUAUCAUGGUUGCCUCUGUGCAUUAUAAACUGUGUUUCCUAUUUUUACCCUGAGUGUCACAUCCCCCCGUAUUUGAUGUACUUGGGAAUCCUGUUAUCCCAUGCCAAUUCUGCCAUGAACCCCAUUGUCUAUGCCUGCAAGAUAAAGAAGUUCAAAAACACAUACCUUUUAAUUUUAAGGACCUAUAUCCUGUGCAAAAAACCAGACCCAGUUUUUACAGAGCAAACAACAGACCAACAGUCAUAAAUAAAGAACAAAUGUUGACCUGACAGUAUAUACCAGACCAUUGAUAAACCACUUUGAUUUGUUAAGAAACUCAGGGGAAAGUGUGUGUUGUUUAAUUUACUCCCGCUCUUGCAGAAACUGUUCUAUGGUAAGGGCAAGCUCCUCUUACUCAAUCUGAUGCACAUUUGACAUUAAGCCCAAAAGGAUAAUUUAUGACCUUCUGCAUUAUUGUACCCCAGAGAACUCUGCUUGAUGGUUGCUGUACCAAGCCCAGAUCUUCCAGGCAAGCAUCUUCAUUUAACAGGACAUUCCUAUUUUUAUUUAUUGGCUUGAACAUUAUUUGGUAGAGCAGCAACCCAAAGCACUGUUACCAAGGCAGGCAUUUUGCUCCUAGUUCCCCAGCUUGGAUCCAUGACCAGCUGGUAAAAACCAGUGCUUGUUCACUUCUAGCUUCAACUCAAAACUGAGAAGUCUUUGUUACAAUUUUGAUUUCACUUUUUGCCCAGUUAUAGGCCCUUUGCUUACACACAGCCAGACGUGCCCUGAUUUUUUUUGUUUUGUCCAGUAGCACCUGUGCAAUAAAACUAUAGCAUCUCCUGCGACACCUCCACCUGCAGAUGACCUGCAUUGUGAAAUUACCCUCACCCGCUGCUGAUAGUCCCGCUGCUGACCAUCUCAGCUGAAAGGCCAGAAGCUGCACUGACUUCGGUGACCACCUUCUUCUUUGAGGGAGAUCCUGUCAGUGGGAGGCUUCCAUUGCUUUUAAAUCAAGGCAAUGCUCACCCCAGAAGCCUGCAAAAUUGGCCUCAGAUAUAGAGCACCAGGCAAAAGCUGAACUGCCGAACACACUGAAGCUCUUCAUUAGUGAGAUAUGCUGGGUACAGGGGAGCAUGCCAGGAAGAGAUAACUGUCAAAAAAUUAACUAAUGAUAUCUUUAAGUUCUUCCCUCCUCCCCCAGCUACCUGACCAAGGAUAGAAUCAACUAUCCCAAAACCAUCAAGGAUGCCUUUUCCUUAUUUGUUACUAAAAAGCAUCCAUUUGGGGGAUUCUUCCGGCACAGCAUAUUCCCAUGCUUAAUUCUCCCUACAAUCACAAACUGUUUUCCUAACACCUGAUUCAAAUGUAAUUUGCUGCAAGUCUCCUCUGUAAACCUGAAGAACAGUUGGUCUUUGUAACAACCUGUUACAGACCUGAAGACUACUGUAAAGGUAUAUGUAAAUAUGUGUCUAUAUACGUCUUUGUACUAAAUCAUUUCAAAAUACAGAAGAGAUACUUAAGAGAAAUUUUGUCCAGUAUUGUUUGCUUUUUUUACAUAGAGAUUGGUUGGGUCCACUGAAAAAUAGGAAAAAUAUGUUCUUUGUUGUUGGUAAUGGAGCAGCUCGCAAUCCAGGCAUGUCCUCAC